GUCAACGUCUGCUCCCUUUCAACCAGGUUAUGCUGUCAAGAUGAUUCAACUAAAGACGUUGUUGAACUGCAUUGAUAAUUCCGGUGCUGCGGUUGUCGAGUGCGUGAAUGUCUUGAAGAAGAAGCGGCCCGCGACAGUCGGCGACCGGAUCGUGGUUGUCGUUCAAAAGCAGCGAAACUUCGGCCCCGAAAGCACAAACAACAGUGGUAUUGCGAACAAAGUCCGCCGAGGAGAUAUCAGACACGCUGUCGUCGUUCGGGCAAGGAAAGAAAUGCAGAGGAGCGAUGGAUCUUUCGUCAAAUUUGAUGAUAAUGCGUGUGUGCUGGUAAACAAAUCCGGAGACCCUAUCGGAACAAGAAUGAACGGAGUCGUGGCUACGGAACUACGAGGAAAGCAAUGGUCUAAGAUCUUGUCGUUGGCGCCGAUGCACGUGUAAACAUAUACCAUUUGGAAAGCGAACCGUUUUUAUUCAUAUAUCUAGUUUAUGUACCAAUAGAAUUUUCCACCAUGAAUGCAGACUGAAAUUGUCCAUGUAUCGCCAGAACUCCAAAACCAUGCCAUGUAAAAUUAAUAUCGGGUAUCGAAGCCGUGAAAAAGUAAGGGACACAAUCAUAUGUAGA